CGGUAUCUGGGGCUUCAGUUUGCAUACAGAUAAAAUGGGUCAAGAGGAACAAAGUGACAGUGCUAUGCUGACUGCAGUGUAUCGAGGAGAUCUUAAUGCACUGAAAGAACUGAUAUCACAGGGUGGUGAUCCAAAUGCCAAGGACUGCAAUGGCCACCCAAUCUUAUUAAAUGCAGCAAAAAACGUGGAAAUUCUCAGAUAUUUAUUGGAAGAUGUUCAUAUUCCAAUAGGAGCCUGUGAUAAAUAUGGCUACACACCUCUUUUGAGAGCAUCAUCAAGUGGAAAUCUAGAUGCUGUGCAGUAUCUGGUCUCAGCUGGUGCCAACCUCUUGGCCAGAACUGCACUGGGUGAGACAGCACUGCACCUUUCUGCUCGCACUGAGUCAGUGGAGACAUUCCAAUUCCUCCAGCACUCAGGAACUCCAAUGGAUAUACUGGAUAUCCGAGGCAGAACUGUGCUUCAUCAUGCAGCUCAGUUUUCAUAUCCAAAAAUGGUGGAAUACAUCCUACAAGGGGGCUGGUUGCCUGUUGACUGCCAAGACAAGAAUGGACAGACACCACUGAUGUUGACAGCAGACUUCCCAAGAAGUGAGAAAGAUGGUGUCAUAUAUAGUCACUGGCGCAGUGUUUCAGAUGGAUAUGUAAACAAGGUUAUAAGUCUUCUUGUUGAUGCUGGUGCUGAUCUUUCAAUAAAGGAUGUGCUUGGAAGGACUGCACUUCACAGAACACUGGCAAAUAUGGACAAUUUUAGAUUCUUGUGGGACAAAUGUCCAGAAUUCACACACUCAGUUGAUAAGAAGGGACAGACACCAGUACACAGAGGACUCUUAACCUUUCGCUAUCAUUAUGACAUGAGGUAUGUGAUACAGGAGUUGCUGGCAGCAGGUGCAGAUUACAAAUCACCUGAUGAAGAUGGGAAGACAGCCUUGAGUUUGGCAGCAGAGCAACACUGUUAUUAUAUUGUGAAGUCAUUACUGAAAGCAGGAGCUGAAACAUCAUGUUGUGGUAAAGACACACUUACACAAAUUCUCCACCUUGCUGCAUGGAAUGAUGAUUUUGAGUUAACUAACAAAGUAAUUGCUGAAGGAGCGGACGUGAAUGGCAGAAAAGCUCGUGGGAGAUUUUCACCAUCAACAGAGAAAGGCCACACUAUAAGAUGUUUGGGAUGCUACACUGCAGGAGAUGGUGUAGUGCAUGAUGAGCUGUCAGGCCACUCCCCUCUGUUUGAUGUUCUUCGUUCUUUGAAGAUGGUCAAAUUGCUGAUUGAUGCUGGAGCAAAUGUGAAUUUCAAAGAUGACUAUGGUUGCACUCCACUUCACAGAGCCCUUGAAAGUGGACAUCAUGAGAUCCUGGAAGUGCUGCUAGAUGCAGGUGGUGAUCCAAAUGUUGUAGAUGUCUGUGGAGUAUCCCUGCUUCAUACAGUAUCAUCAAGAUCUGUAGCAAACAGGAUUAGGCAGUCAAAGUCACUUCAGAAAAUUAUGAGGUUUGCUGAGAGACUUAUUCAAACUGGAGCCAACAUAAAUAUUAUGGAUCACCGAGGCAGAACACCACUACAUUAUGCUGCAGUAGAAGGAAACAAUGAGGGAAUAAUACACCUCACAAGAAAGAUGAUAGAAGCUGGAGCUAGAGUGGACAAGACUGACCAUCAUGGCAGAACACCACUACAUUAUGCGGCACAGGCAGGAAAUUAUAAGUAUGUGGAAGUGCUCAUCAAGGCCGGAGCUGAUGUGAAUGCUGUGGACAUGGAUGGUGCGACACCACUUCUGAUGCAAACCAAAUGUAACUAUUAUGAGGUUACUGAAUUACUGGUUGCUGCUGGAGCAGAUUUAACAGCAAGUGAUAAAGAUGGUCAGAGACUCAUACAUCGAGCAUCUCUAGCUGGGAGCACUACGGGCAUCGACAAUCUUAUAGAUAUUUGGCCUUCAACAUGGGGCUGUGACCACCAUGGGAACACUAUUCUACACUUUGCAACCAGAUGUGGCCCAAAUAGACUUAAGUGUAUAGAGCACAUUGUGAUGCGGAAACUGGUAUCUGUAGAUGAGAGAAAUAUGGAAGGACAGACACCACUUGCAACACUUUUGCAGCACAGUUCACUCUGGGACUCUGCACAGCGUGAGGUAGAGAUCUUGCUGGCAGCAGGAGCAAAUCCAACUGCUAAGGACAACAAAGGGAAUACACCUUUACACAUUGCAUCCAGUGUUGGCAAUGUGAAGAUAAUGGAGCUCUUGGUCAAGGCUGGAAUAGACUUUAGUCUGAAGGACAUCGCAGGUCAAACAUCCUUUGACUGGACACCCAGUGCAGAAGGUGUGGAACAUCCACCACAUCUAGCAAACCAGAAAAAAGUGGAAAUAAUUAAUGGAAAGAACAAUGAAAGUCAAACACCACUAAUGCUUGCAGCAGGCAGGGAUGUAGUCAGCUUACUCCUCAGGGAAGGAGCAAGUAUUAGUGUGGAAGAUCACAAUGGGAGGACACCUUUGCAAGCAGCUAUUGAGUGUGGCAGUCAUCGUGUAGUAAGAUUGCUAUGGGCUGCAGGAAGCAACUUUCUGGACAUCCCACAGGAGAGUCGCAUCAGAGCAGUCCAUUUAGCUGUAACAUCAGCAGAUUUUGAGGUGUUGGAACAUUUGAUUUCUUUGGGAAUGUCCUUAUCAGACUGCUGGUGGGAUCCUGACCAUAAGACAACAUUGCUUCAUUGUGCAGCAGAAUGUGGUGUGGAAAUGCUGAAGUAUCUCAUAAACCGUGGUCAUACAGAACAUGUUCCAGAUUACAAAGGGCACACCCCAUUACACUGUGCCGUUCUGUCAUCAAAUUACAUAGGAGCAAAGUAUUUGCUUGAUGAAGCACAUGUCCCAGUUGAUGCCAGGGAUUUUGAUGGAAACACAGCUUUAAUGCUGGCAGCCAGCAAGGAUCUGUAUUACAGUGAAAGGUUUGAUAUGUUUGAGAUUCUGGUGAAUGCCGGGGCAGACAUUAAUAUUAAAGACAGAAAUGGUAAGGCUAUAUACCAGUUGGUAGAGAGUGCUUGGGCUGAUGAGACGAAAGAACUACUGGAUUACAUGCAAUAUCGACUUUAAUUAUAACAGGUGUACCACUUAAAACUGGUACACCUCAUGCCCAAGAUUAAA